GCGGCCAGGGUGCCGGUGAGACCCUACCCCUCCCCAUCUGCUCGGUGUGCGACCUGAGCUUCAGUGGAGGACCACAUGACGGGGCACAACAAGGAGAAGCGUUAUGAGUGCGACGUGUGUGGCAAAGCCUGGCAGUACCCGAGCCAUCUGGAGGUCCACCGGCGGGUGCACACAGGAGAACGUCCCUUUGAUUGCGCCGACUGCGGCAAGAGCUUUACCUGUCUGUCGGUGCUGCGGGUGCACCAGCGGGUGCACACGGUAGAACGCCCCUUUGAAUGCUCCAACUGCAGUAAGAGCUUCAAGACGGCGCAUGAACUGGAGAGACACCGGCGAGUGCAUACGGGCGAGAAGCCCUAUGGCUGCUCCACCUGCGGGACGAGCUUUGCCUGGUUGUCGGGGCUGCGGGAGCACCUGUGGGUACACAUAGGCGAGAAGCCCCAUGGCUGCUCCACCUGUGGCAAUAGCUAUGGCCAGUUGUGGAGGCUGCGGGAGCACCGGCGGGUGCACAGCAGCGAGCGGCCCUUCUCCUGCUCCGUCUGCGGCAAAGGCUUCAAGUCGUGCAAGACCCUGAAGGUGCACAGUCGCCUGCACACCGGGGAACGGCCCUACACCUGCAGUGACUGCGGCAAGGGCUUCGCCCAUUACAGCAACCUGCUGUCCCACCAGCGCACCCACACCGGGGAGCGCAUUCGUCACCGCUCUCCUGCUGUCACGUCACCGCCCGGAGGCGCGCCCUUUGCGCGUGCACGUCACGCAGGCGCGGCCCGGCUCGCGCGGAGACGGUUUAACGGCCGCGCUCGCGCCGCCACCGGUCACCUGACGCUCCAACCGUCAGCGCAGGCCGCGCCCACCCCUCUGUUCCCAUUGGAUGCCGGCGGUGUCCGUCAGUGGUCUCAGCCAAUGGCGGAGGCGGACCCGUCGAGGGGCCGUGUCUCCCGCAGGUCCCGCCCCCGGACAUGCGGGUCCAAUCCCGCGCGCAGGCGCAACGCGUCUCCGUUGCUCUAG